UUCCGGUUAUGAAAUUUCCGCUUUCAAAACGUCAAGGUAUCAGCUGAGACUUGACUACAAAUGUUUGAUUGUCAGUAGAAGAACGACUGAUAUAUUCCGAGACAAAUUAAUUAACAUUGCAAUAAAGCGACUUAAAGAAACGCUUUCAGAUGGAUGUUUGAGAACAGACUAGAGACAUGACGGAGCUCAAGGAGAAAGCUCUGGAUAGACUGAAAGCCAUCUUUCCCAACCAUUGUGAAUACAUUUUGUCGGACAUCAUCAACACACACGAGAGCCAUGGUGGCUGUCUGACGGAAGACAAGCUGGUUGUCCGAUGUGUCAACCAGAUCCUAGAAGGAGAACAAGCUGCAGAAAAGAGGCUAAAAUCUUCCAAGCAGGAAACUGCUAUAGCAGAGGCUAAGAAACAAGAAGAACAUGAACAGGUUGCAGACAAAAGGAUAAUAAAUGCCAAGAAAAUCAAAUCAGGAAAGCGUAAGAUAUGCGAGAGAAGAAUUACGCGAUCUGUGACGAGAAAAGAGAACUGCAGGAAAGCAGGUACUAAAGGACUGAAAAAGGGUCGGUCCAAAAAGACCACGCCUCCUGCCAGGAAAGGGAAUAAGGCCAGGCCCCCAACAGACUACAGGGAGGAGGAGCAGACUGUUGCCGAUGGCUCCCCGUCCACCUCCGCCAGUGACAAGUCCAGCAUUGCUGACCGGGACCCCCACCAUGAGGUCUCCCUGUCCCCCAAGAGCUCCAGCUCCUACGGUCUCUCGUCCAUGUGCCUUGAUAGCAGGGUCGACUCGAGCAAGAUUGGGCUGAAAAUGGGUCACGGUGAAGGUAACACCGCAACGUUAAUGAAAGACUGGUUGGCCAAAUGUGGGCCAAGCAAAGAUGGGAAGGAGGUCAAAGAUGGUGAAGAUUUAACCCACAAAAGCUCCAUUACUGGUGAUGAAGGGGAGACAACUCAGUCAUCCGCUGAUGGGAGGUUGACUCCGACUUUCUCUGACCGCUCCAAUUCCAGAGAUGGGGUGCUCAGUGAUAUUCUCGGCUCUGAAAUCCCGUUCUCCCCUGUGCUGUCUACUGCCGAUGCAUGUUCCAAUUCCGACCUGGAAAUAAUUUCUCUUGCGUCCACAGCUGGUGCAAAGUCUAGGGACAGUUGGUCUCAGGACUCCCAGUGUGAAGGUCAUGAAACUCAGUUGAUCAAAUGUGUAGCCACAAUAGACAAGUCUAUUGGCCAGAGUAGUGAGUGUGACAGUGUGGCUAAGAAAUCGGACAUGGACGUUGAGGAUGUUGCGGAAGAAGCUGCUGAUGGAGGCGCUGCGUCUUCCGUCGCCUACCCAGGCCCAAGUCACCAGAGUAUGAACACUACAGAAGACAGUUCUGAGAAUGAUAGUGUUAUUAAUAUAUCAGACAGUGUGGAUGGUUUAUCUGACAGUGUCAUCAACAUUCAAGACACACCAGUCAGGAAGGACAUCGGUGUGAUAGACAUUUCUGAUAUUGUUGAAUUGGAGUCACCCAGGCGACUACCUCAGUUGUUGGACUCUGGUUUCGGAAGCUCUCGGAAGGUUUCUCAUUCUUCAGAUGUGCCGCUUGACCCGCUUGACCUCAGUGUGACAGACAUGGACGAUACAGACACUAGCAAUACUGAAGAAGAUGCAGGUGAUGGAACUCAUCUGAAAGCUGUAGACAGGCUCCAGACGUCCGAUUCUGGGAAUCAGAUGAAACGUGAAGACGUCACUGACAUCCCCACAGCUGCCUCUUCUGAAAUCAUAAAGCAUGAAAGCCUAACUACCUCAAAGCAGCCUGGUUGCUUCAAAGAAACCAUGAACCUAAACGACCAAGUGUUGGUCUCAGAUAAUAUGAAAAUGGAGCAAGAUGUUCAACAGAGAAUUGCCAAGAAACCAAAUCAAGUUGCCGAAUCUUCAAAGACCAGUGGAAAAAGUUCAUCAUGUGUCAUAGUUGAGUCUGAGUCAGAAUCCGAGUUUUACAUCAGCUCCUCAGAGUCAGAUGACCUGGAGGAUUCCAGUGAGCAGAUGGCGUCUGCUUCCACGUCUGCUUCAGUGUCUGCUUCCACGUCUGCUUCAGUGUCUGCCUCCACAUCUGCUUCAGUGUCUACAUCCACGUCUGCUUCUUUGGGGCAAGAUCCUAGGCUGAAAGUUGCCGUUCAGAUAGCGCAGGUUUCAUCAAGUUCUCCAGACGUUGUGUUUCUGGGGAAGCGGGAAGCUCUCCCUCCUCAAGUCCUGCCCGUACAGUCCAGCCAAGCGGCGGCAACUUGUGACACUGUGAACUACAAGGAGCUGAAACAUAGGUAUCAGAGGAUGAAAAAUAUAAAGAAACAAUUUGAAUUGUUGCCUGAGAAAACAAAGGCAGAUCCUGUGUACUGUAAAAGGAUUCACGAAACCUGUGAGCAGCUGAAAAGGGAAAUACGAAAACAAAGACAUGCCCGGCGGAAAAAGGUAGAGAAAUAUAUCAAAUCUUUAAAAGUGCACAAAAUUGAUAUAGUUGAUGGUUCAACUUUACGGGUCACCAAUAAAAGAACUGACAAAUCAGCUGACCGAGGAUCUGUUCCAGCCUCACAUACUACAGAGGCACAUCAAGUUAAUAAUUCGCAAUCAAGUUCUGCGCUGUCUUUUAUGAAAAUAAUAGGAGAAGCUAGAAAACUUCUCACUGGAAAAGAUAGCACAGAAUCAAGGAGGCUGAGACCAUCUUCACAAAAGUCCCUCCUGCAGCCAUAUUUGUCACUCAACACCACAGUCACGACUUGCACCACAGUCACGACCUGCACCACAGUCGUCUCAAGACUGUUAAAUACAUUAAUCCCUCAGAAUGUGUGGAAUCCAUCACUGCCCAAUGUUGCGUCUGCUACCACAGGACCUAAAGUGGCAACAGGUACAACAGGACCUAAAGGGCUGACAAGUACCACGGGGCCCAAAAUUCUGGUGGGUUCUGAUGCUUUAGGUAGCACCUCUCCCUCUCUAGGCAUUCCUCCUGCAGUACUGGCAAACCUUACCAAGGCCCCGGCUAAUGUAAGCAAACCUCCAAGUGUAUCUCAUGUCCAAUUGAUAACUGUUCCUACAGCAACAACAGCCACAACAACAACAGCAGCAACACCCCCUACUUCAACAGCAAAGUCAAAGGAACUGGACGCAGAACUUCAGCAAGUGAUCUCCAUCUUCCCGGAUGUAGAAGUGAAGUGGGCCAUGACGAAACUAAAGAGCUUGAGUGCCAAGCAUCCAGAUGACUUCCUCCUACGCAUAUGCUCUACAAUGGCCGACGAUGGCUACCAACGAAACCAGGGCCAAUCAAAGAACAAGCCAAAAGGAAAAGGAAAAGGGAAGCACAAGUCUGUGAAUGUUCGAGGGACGCUUGGUAAAAUCAAGUCAUCACAGAGGUAUGCAGAUGUUUUGUCUGAAAUAGGAGAAGAGGAAAAAGUACGUCUUCAACGGAAACGUCAGUCCGAGGAGCUGAUGGAGACAGAAGUACCUCCAAAGCUGAAAAUUAUGACUGAUGGGAUAGCGACAGAAACAGUCUCAAAGGGAGACAACAAAGAUGAUGUUGAAGCAAGGGAGACAAAUCAGUCAGACACUGUGUUUCGCCUGCAAUGUGAAUCCUGCAGUAUGCUGUCAACUACCACUGACCUCAGUCAGUGUCGGGAGGGGCACCUGUUGUGUCGGGCAUGUAUAGAGAAACAGGUCAAAGUUGUCCUCUCUCAGGAAAUCGAGACCAUCAUAAUUUGCCCUUUGAAGGACUGCAAUAGUGAGAUCCGGUUAACUGACGCAAAGAAGGUCUUGCCACAGUUUGUGGUGGAUCUGCUUCGGGAGAAGAUAGAAAAACAGGAACGGCUCUGCAUAAGCAAGAUGGGCAAGGUUGUAACUUGUCCUGAUUGUGGUCUGAGUGUGAUGAUGGAUGCCUGGGACAAGCAGUUCCACUGUCCCAACACAGACUGUAUGCUGGCCAGUUGCCGGUACUGCAAGAGAGCGUGGAAUGAUGGUCGCCAUGACAACUGCACCCCACUCCUCUGUGUCCCUAGCCUUGAUGACUGCACCAAGUACCCCAGCUACUGGGACCCCUGCACAAUGGGGCCUAAUGAGGAUUACCUGAGGAAGAUUGUACCCCAUGAUUCUAUGGAGUUCAAUCUGAUAAAGGCCAAGUUCCUGAAGACGAUGCAGAACUAUACUAUAGUGUACCUGACCCGCAUCCAGAACCCUAAGCUGUGGCAGAAGUAUGGUCUGACCAGGUCUCACAUCCUGGAGGACUUCGGUCCGCCGAAACUCAACGAGAACCAUCUGUUCCAUGGCACUGACCCCACUGCCAUAGAUGCUAUAUGCAAGGAGGGCUUUGACUGGAGGCUGUGUGGUGCCCAUGGGUCAUCUUUUGGACAAGGGUCCUACUUUGCUGUUGAAGCCCACUACUCCCACAGCUACGUCCAGAACAUCAUGCACGGCGCCCACUACCACCGCAACAGGAGGAACGCUCCGUUCUUCCACGGCCACUACCUGCUGUUGAUAGCCCGCGUUGUGUGUGGACGCUACACUCUCGGCAACACCACCAUGAGGCGGCCGCCUGUCGACCCCAGUGACACCAAACGGAGACCCUUCAAUUCAACAGCCAACAGUAUGAAUCAGCCGGGGAUAUAUGUGACGUUUGAUAGUGCCCAGAGUUACCCAGAAUAUGUCCUAGAGUACAAGUCAUAAUGGCACUAUUUACAUUAGUUUGAGAGACCUCAGGAAGUUGUGUCAGUAAGCUGCUUACACCAAGUGACCCGGGGACUGCUAUGCUGCUGACUCUACUGAACAGCAAGACCUACGGCUCCAUGAUUCCCUCCAUGGGCUAACUCAAAGAGAUCUCCAUGGGCUGCUUCAAGGCACAGUGACUCCAGAGAUCUCCAUGGGCUGCUUCAAGGCAUGGGGACUCCAGAGAUCUCGAUGGGCUGCUUCAAGGCAUGGGGACUCCAGAGAUCUUGAUGGGCUGCUUCAAGGCAUGGGGACUCCAGAGAUCUCGAUGGGCUGCUUCAAGGCAUGGGGACUCCAGAGAUCUCGAUGGGCUGCUUCAAGGCAUGGGGACUCCAGAGAUCUCGAUGGGCUGCUUCAAGGCAUGGGGACUCCAGAGAUCUUCAUGGGCCACUUUAAUGCACAGGGACUCCAGAGAUCUUCAUGGGCUACUUCAAGGCACGGGGACUCCAGAGAUCUUCAUGGGCCACUUCAAGGCACAGGGACUCCAGAGAUCUUCAUGGGCCACUUCAAGGCACGGGGACUCCAGAGAUCUUCAUGGGCUGCUUCAAGGCACAGGGACUCCAGAGAUCUUCAUGGGCUACUUCAAGGCACGGGGACUCCAUUAGAUCUUCAUGGGCCACUUCAAUGCACGGGGACUCCAGAGAUCUUCAUGGGCUACUUCAAUGCACGGGGACUCCAGAGAUCUUCAUGGGCUACUUCAAGGCACGGGGACUCCAUUAGAUCUUCAUGGGCCACUUCAAUGCACGGGGACUCCAGAGAUCUUCAUGGGCUACUUCAAUGCACGGGGACUCCAGAGAUCUUCAUGGGCCACUUUAAUGCACGGGGACUCCAGAGAUCUUCAUGGGCUACUUCAAGGCAUGGGGACUCCAUUAGAUCUUCAUGGGCCACUUUAAUGCACGGGGACUCCAGAGAUCUUCAUGGGCCACUUCAAUGCACGGGGACUCCAUUAGAUCUUCAUGGGCCACUUCAAUGCACGGGGACUCCAGAGAUCUUCAUGGGCCACUUCAAGGCACAGGGACUCCAGAAAUCCUUGUGGGUUUACUUAACGCACAGUGACUCCAGAGAUCUUCAUGGGCCACUUCAAGACACGGUGACUGCAGAGAUCUUCAUGGGCCACUUAAAGACACAGUGACUGCAGAGAUCUUAAUUGGCCUCUUAAAGACACAGGGACUGCAGAGAUCUCCAUGGCCACUUAAAGACACAGGGACUGCAGAGAUCUUCAGGCGCCACUUAAAGAUACAGUGACUCUAGAGAUCUCCAUGGGUUUACUUAACACACAGGGACUGCAGAGAUCUUCAUGGGUUUACUUAACACACAGGGACUGCAGAGAUCUUCAUGGCCACUUAAAGACACAGGGACUGCAGAGAUCUUCAGGCGCCACUUAAAGACACAGUGACUCUAGAGAUCUCCAUGGGUUUACUUAACACACAGGGACUGCAGAGAUCUUCAUGGGUUUACUUAACACACAGGGACUGCAGAGAUCUUAAUGGGCCUCUUAAAGACACAGGGACUGCAGAGAUCUUCAUGGCCACUUAAAGACACAGGGACUGCAGAGAUCUUCAGGCGCCACUUAAAGACACAGUGACUCUAGAGAUCUCCAUGGGUUUACUUAACACACAGGGACUGCAGAGAUCUUCAUGGGUUUACUUAACACACAGGGACUGCAGAGAUCUUAAUGGGCCUCUUAAAGACACAGGGACUGCAGAGAUCUUCAUGGCCACUUAAAGACACAGGGACUGCAGAGAUCUUCAUGGCCACUUAAAGACACAGUGACUCCAGAUAUCUCCAUGGGUUUACUUAACACACAGGGACUGCAGAGAUCUUCAUGGCCACUUAAAGACACAGUGACUGCAGAGAUCUUCAUGGCCACUUAAAGACACAGUGACUGCAGAGAUCUUAAUGGGCCUCUUAAAGACACAGUGACUCCAGAGAUCUUCAUGGCCACUUAAAGACACAGUGACUGCAGAGAUCUUAAUGGGCCACUUAAAGACACAGGGACUCCAGAGAUCUUCAUUGGCCUCUUAAAGACACAGUGACUACCAGAGAUCUCCAUGGGUUUACUUAACACACAGUGACUCCAGAGAUCUCCAUGGGUUUACUUAACACACAGUGACUACCAGGGACAUACCAACCUGAUUCUGUUGGUGUGAAAAAAAGACUGUUGACAAGGAAACCAUUUGUUGUGUAUUGGUUGCUAUUCUGAACCUGAAUGGCAAUCACUUGUUGAAAUAUUUACAGACAACCAUGACUUACAAUGAACACUUUGUGUAGACUGUGAUAUCUUGAAACUCCCCACCAGCCCGACCACCACCUCGUGGUCAAAUAUAAAGUUCCUGCUUUGCGAUUUUCCGAAGGUACACAACUGAUGAAGUCACAUGUCUUGGUGGCGUUACAGUUGUGGUAACCAUGGUGACGAGAUCAUUGAACCGUGUAUGUUGUGUAGUGGGGGCUAUGCUGAACUGAAAUGGCAAUCGCUUGUUGGCUCAGUGAAACCAUGACCCAGAAACAGUGACCUUUUGUUGACUAUGAUUUUCUGAAACCAUCAACCAGCUUAAUGUCGGAUGGUUUCAAAGUUCGUUGUUAGGUUUAAAAAAAUAAUAGAAUAGGUCCUCAGGCAAUGACUUUUGAAAAUAUUGUGCAGGCAGGCAGUGUUUUUUUGUUGUUUUUGCUUGUUCAAACUAGUAUGUAAACCAAAUAAACAGUUGUGUACCAUCAGCCUGGGAAAGGGCCUCCCUGCAUAAACAAGCAUACAAACUCCUAUUGCCGCCAUGACCAUAACACUAGAUGUGCAGUAAAGCAGUGAGCAUGUAAAGAGAAGGAACCGCGUGCUAUAUUGGACCGCAUUGUUUUUAAGUUCCGGGUAUUAGGAUUUUUAAAAAUAAGAUAUAAAUGAAAAAAAAACAACGUGCGACAGACUUUAUGAUGAUGCGGCGCGGUGCCUGAGAACCAAGACUAUUAUUUUUUUUAGAUAACCGAGUUUGUGCAAAUAUCACUUCAUGCGCACCAGUGUAUUACGUCAUUCGGAUGUCAUUGUUGAUAUCAUUCAAAUCUUCUUGUGACGUAAGUCGGAAUGAUGUCACACUAGAAACAAUGUCAUUGAUGAAGAAUGUUGAUGUAAUUCGACCAUUGUGAUUUUCUAAGACGCCGAUCAUGAUCAGUGCUAAAGAGGAGCUCAAAAGGAUCUAGAAAUGAUGGGUGAUACUGAAAUUAUUACAUUCACAUGUGUGUCAUACUGAUCUUACAAAACUUAUGUAAGAAUUAAUUUAUUUCCCUCGCCCUCGGGAAAUACAAGAAUUCUGAUACUUUAUUCAUAUCAGCAUGACACACAGGCUUGUAUAAUAAUCUCUCUGUAUAUAAAUAUUUCCCAAACAGUUCUUUUCAUAUCUCAUUGUGAAAGUCAGCUUGUGGAACUACCAAACAAUCUUAAACCUUAAUGUAGCUUUUUGCAUCCAGAACAUCACCGUCGCCAAAUGCCUUUGUCAUGUGUUAGUAUUGUUAAAUAAUUUACAUGUCAAGUGCCAGCACAAUUACUGACUUCUGUGUUACCAGUCAGUUUCAAUAUGGAAGAUACCUGGGAGUGUACUACUUUCUUUGACACAAAUAUUAAUUUAAGAAUGCAGUGUUUUAGAAAAUGCAAUUAAAACCAAACAACUACAUCUAUGCAUAUAAGCUAUGGCCAUUUUAUCAGAGCCAAUUUAUCUGUUAUUUUCAGAGUCAGGUCUGCCUUCCUGUUUUGCUAUUGUUUGUAUUCUGGUGUCCCCCGCCGUGAUAUUGCUGGAAUAUUGCUAAAAGCGGCGUACAACCAUACUCACUCACUCACUCACUAUUGUUUGUAACCAAAAUAGGUGGUCUGGAAACUACCAUUGUUUUAAUAGUAUCAUUGUAAUGUCCUGCAUUAAGGUGUCGGGAAUUUUGCCAGUGUUUGCAGGGAUCUCAUCAAGUGCAAGCAGUGUUGAGGAAUGCCUGUGUUUUAAUUAAUUUAGCUGAAUGAUUAGAAAAGGAAAAAAAUAUUUAGUUAUUUUUAAGAUGUUCUUUAAUGUCAUCAUAUCCCAAUUAUGUAGAUCGAUGCUCAUGGUGUCAAUCACUGGAUUGUCUUUCCAGACUUGAUUAUUUACAGACCGCCACCAUAUGCUGAGUGCGGCAUUAACCAACAAACAAUGUUGGUAAUAUGUUGUUUGGUCUGUGAAAAUACAGUAAAAUAACAAAAAAAAAUUACCAAGAGUUACCCAACGGUGCUUUUUAAUCCUAUUUAUUUGUGAUAUGUAUGUAUGUGUGUGUGUGCGUGCGUGCGUGCGUGCGUGCUUGGUGUUUUACUUGUUCUCAUAGUGUUUAUCACAUGUUUCUACAGGAAACUAGAAAGAGCUCCUUGUAUAGCAAUUGCAGCUGUUGAUAGAAUGUGACAAGGUUAAUAUCAAAUCGAUGUAUGGGUGCUGUCAAAUUGAGAUUAUCUUUAAUAAAUAUAUAUAUAUUACGAAGUAUUUUCAUAUGUAUAUCUUUGUGUGCAUGUUUGUCAUCAAAAUAGUUGUUGUUUCCCAAUUAAUUAAGCGUAUAUUUGAAACUAAAAAUGUAAUUUAAAAAAAAAUCCCAUUUGCCUUUUUUAGCCUUGUCAUAGUGUUUGUAUGAUUUGUGUAAUGGAAUACUAUAUAUGUCACAGAUGCCAUCCAUUAUGAUUUUGGUGAGACGUUGAUAAAUUGCACCAAAUUCUGCCAAUAUGAUAAUAUGAAAUAUAUCACAAGUUUUGUCAAAAACAUCACCAGUGGUAUUGAUUAGUAUUGAUGUGUCAGAGUGGUUGUGCACAUCUUCCCGAGGCAAGUGAGUUAACAGACUAUAAAAGUCCAGUUUCCACCUUUGCCUGGCUUGAAUUCCUGGGCCCGAUUGUAGCGCCACCUGUGGCUAUUACGAGUUAUGUCCCUUCUAUGCUUCUCCUUUGGACCAAUCAGAUUCCACCUCUCGUAUCACUUGCAUUUGCUUGUAACAAAAUGGCGAUGCCCAGUCAAAACGAUCUGAUCGAUAAUCAGGAUCUAUAUUGUGAUAAAACCAGUCUUACAUCGCGAAGUGCAUCAACUCACGGGACCAUCUUGAUUAAGAACAUGAAAAGAUUUGGAAAAUAUCUGUUAGACAUGAGUUGGUGGUGCACAUGCUUUUCAAAUCCUGCAAUCAACCGAAAUCAGCAUGACAGUUUACGAACCGGAUUUCGAUUUCGUUGCGCGAUUUUGAUUGGACUAUGCAUUGACUCGUUAGUUCAGCCAAAAUGUAACUCCAUAAUACCAGCCUAGUUCAGCAAGCGUGGAAACUGGACUUUUAAAGUCAGUUAACUCUCUUGUCUGGGGAAGAAGAUUGGUUGUGGGUGAAAGCAGAAAGCAUGCUGGUAUGAAUCACAUAUGUUGACAUGACUGUGUAUGGCGGUUACAUCAUACGUUUAUUGAAACAAACUCUUCAUAGGGCUGGUUGUAAUAGCAUAGAAUGAAGGUUAUAUGAUUACUACCCAAAACUAAUUUAAUGUGAAUUUUGUUAAAUAUUGCUUCUAUUUGUCCCUGCUGAAAAGCCUACUUCUGAGGUUUGGUAAAUAAAUAUACUACUCCAAAGAUGUUAAAGAACACCAAAUGUUUUCAUAUGACUGAUGGUUGAUCUGACCUUGAUCUGAAUGCCUGUACCUUAUUCUGGUGAGAAUAUGAAUUAUUAAUGUUCAAGUUUGCAUGUUAUUUUCAUUUUUAGUAGCUGUUGUACAUCAUGUAGAUUCCUAUGUCGACUAUUUUUCAACCAAAUGUUGAGUUUACUUUAUAUACGCAUAUUAAGGCUGCAUAGUAAGAAUAAUGUGAUAGGAAGUGACUAUGCUGAGUGUUUCAUGAUUGAAUGUGUGUAUUUAGUAUGUGGGGACAUUGGCCCAGUAUGCAAAUUUCUGUGCUGAGUUGUAACCCUUAGGUGUGCAAGGAUCCUAAGAUCCCAGGUGUGCAAUGAUCAUGAUCCUUGGUCUGUCGGCACCACACCUUGCUCGUAGGUUUGACCAAAGUUGUAUACGCUUGAUACCUGUAUCCUGUCAGACUUUACUCCCACAUCAAGCUGACAUGCCGUGAUAUCAUUUCCUACCCAAGAGGCUGAAGUUGAAGCUUUUUUUUUGUGGCACUAAACUUGUUUCGGGGAAAAAUCCAGAUUGUACAAAUGUUUAAGACUAUUGUCAGCAUGAAGCUGAACAAAUGUAAGAAGUGUAUCAGCAUAAUGGAUCUGUGAUUUGAUCAUGGCGGUAAAAAGAAAAAUAUGUUGUUGUUUUUCAAUAAUGUUUGGAUACAUAAACUUUAAAAUGUUACAGCAUUUCUAUAUGGUGUUUUGAUAUCCGAAUUAGGAUAGCCUGAUAAUGAAAAUAUGUUAACAGUUCUGUAAGAAUUAAGAUCUUGUGAAAAUUGCAGUGUUUUCCUGAAGUAACUGCUUCUUCUCUCUGAAUGUUAAAAGUUGAUUACAUGAUGUAAAUAUUGUUCCUAUUAUGAUGUCCAUCAUUUGUUUUUGACACUGAAAGUAUACCAUGUUUAUAUUUGGUA